AUGAAUAAUCCUUUGUCGUUAUUGCCGGGUGGAAAUGGUUCCUCUAAUGAGCUAUCACCAGAGGAAAAGUCAAUGAUGCUCCAAUCUAAAAUCGUCACAUUUGUACAAGAAAGCUGUGUAUUCAAAAGUGUCGCAGCUGGUGGUAUGGGCUUUGGCUUGGGUGGUAUUUUUGGUCUUUUUAUGUCCUCUCUUGACAUGCAAAGUAUGGAUCCUCAAAUUUAUGAAAAGAAAUUCCGUGAACAGCUUCGUAUUCAGUUGAGAGAUAUGGGUACCCGUUCUUACUCAUCAGCUAAAAGUUUUGGUGUCCUUGGUCUUAUAUUCGCUGGUUCCGAGUGCUGCAUUGAAGCUUUCCGUGCUAAAACUGAUAUUUACAAUCCAACAAUUGCUGGAUUUUUCACCGGUGGUGUUCUAGCCAGACGGGCGGGUCCAAAGGCCAUGAUUUUAGGUGGUGCUGGUUUCGGUGCCUUUUCCUAUGCUAUUGAUAAAUGGAUGAUGAAUUGGUACGACUAA